AUGUCAGAAUUCAUACAUCAAUCGGCGAUGGAAUGCAUUGACGAAAUAUCUUCAACAAACAAUCCAGAAAAAAUAAUAUCCGACAAUGGCGAACGAUCUGAAAAUGUUUUGAUAAAGAAUCCAAUCAAAAAAAUAUGCGGACAGUUGAAAGAGGUGAUGGGCCAAGUUACCCUCGAGCCUAUGCUUUUUGUUAAAAUGGUGUCGGAGGGAAACGUUGUAGUGAUUAUCGAUACACUACAACUAGACCGGGUUUGUCGUGUUAAUUUCAACUUUAGUGAAGCAGACUGUAUGGCAAUGGACGACGGAAAUCACUCACACAUUCAAGAAACGGUGCAGGUAUACCAGAAUAACUUUAACUUUUAUCAAGGAUUUCUGGCAAGUAUUUUGCCAGUUUUGAUUGUUCUCUUUGCUGGAUCAUUUAGUGAUCAAUACGGUAGGAAACUGCCGAUGAUCAUCUCUUUGUCCGGAUAUGUGAUUUUCGCUUUAAUUUACAUCGUCACGAUCUUCAAUCCAUCGUGGCCAGUGGAAGUUCUCUACGCAGGCUCGAUAGCCAUCAACUUGUGCGGAAGUUGGGUCGUUUUCAAUAUGGCAGUCUACAGCUAUUUAGCCGACAUUACUGUAAUAGAGAAACGUACAAAACGAAUGGGCUGGAUGGACGCUAUUUGGUAUAUGGGAGGGCCCAUUGGAACCGUGAUGGGUGUAUGGCUAUACCGAGCAUAUGGCUACAUGGCUGUAUUCUCAGUCUCAGCCCUUUUGUGGUCCAUAUGCAUAGCGUACACCGCCAUUUUCGUCGAAGAAAGCGUUGUCCAACCCACAAAAGCAACAAAAAAAGGAAAGCCAUUUGAAUUUGUAAUCGAUUUAGUCCGGGCAGCUUUCAAACGAUAUCCCAAUCGCGGUAGACUUCAUUUGUUUUUGCUGAUGGCCAUUAAAUUGGGUGUUUAUCUUGUCCAAGGGCAUCAGGUUUAUUUAUGGGCACGACGUGUGCUCGGAUGGGAUGUCACCCAGUAUUCGAAUUGGUCAGGCGCAAAUGAAGCUGUACGUCAAGUUGGUAUGGUUAUAUUACUCGGACUGGCAUCAAGUUACGAGCUGUCGGAUUACACUGUUGCAAUCUUUGGAUUGGUAUCCAUUGCUCUUUGGAACAUGAUGUCAAUCUUCAUCACCGGCCCAUCUUUGUGGUGGGUAGUUAUCAUCACUACUUUAGUAGGAGCUUUCAAGGCCAGCAUCGACCCAGCUCUUCGCGCUCUGAUAACAAGCAUCCCGGACAAAAGCGACGUUGGUAAAAUAUUAGGGUUUCUUGGGCUGUUGGAAUCCAUUUGGUUUACUGUAGAUAGGUCUAUCUUCACGCACCUAUACAACGCUUUAAUUGAAACUUUCCCCCAGAUCAACUUUGUAGUAGGAAGUGCCUUUGCCGUCGUGUUGAUCUCGGCCCUAUUUCUAUUAAAAAGAGACUGGGAAAAACGAAGGAAUCCAAAUACAUAUGUGAUUCCAGAUCAAACAACUUAUGCAACAUAG